CACAUUAAACUCAACAUGUCUGGACGUGGAAAGCAAGGAGGAAAGGCGCGCGCCAAGGCCAAGACGCGCUCCUCGCGGGCCGGGCUGCAGUUCCCCGUGGGCCGCGUGCACCGGCUGCUCCGCAAGGGCAACUACGCUGAGCGCGUCGGGGCGGGCGCGCCCGUGUACCUGGCGGCGGUCCUGGAGUACCUGACGGCCGAGAUCCUGGAGCUGGCGGGCAACGCGGCGCGCGACAACAAGAAGACGCGCAUCAUCCCGCGCCACCUGCAGCUGGCCAUCCGCAACGACGAGGAGCUCAACAAGCUGCUGGGCAAGGUGACCAUCGCGCAGGGCGGCGUGCUGCCCAACAUCCAGGCCGUGCUGCUGCCCAAGAAGACCGAGAGCCACCACAAGGCCAAGGGCAAGUAAGGACCCUGCGUUCCUUUGGCAACGACGCAAAUAACUAAACCAAAGGCUCUUUUCAGAGCCACCCACCUUCGCACUGAAAGGGCUUGCAUUUUUUUUUUUCAUAACCAGCUGCUUGGAAAUGGUUUUUACCGUGUUUGGUCAGUAGAUGUCAGUAAACACCCAUAAGAGCGAAGUUAACCUCUGAAAAGAUACAUUAAAAGGAAAAGU